UGUAUGAUAUAAAUUGUCAUCGUGUUAGUCAGUUUUAUAAAGUUUUUGAUAGAGUUUUAGAAUCAUCGCUGCUGUUAGUUCCAUACAAAAGUUUUAAAAAUUGAACAAAAUUGAUUUACUAAAAUUUAUAGAAGAUGGAUAAUAACAAGCGAUUCAAUCCAUAUGUCAGAGUAGAUGCUGAAGAAGAAAUAGUUAUCUCUGGUAUUACCGGACGAUUUCCUAAUUCUGACAAUAUAAAAGAAUAUCAGGACAAUAUUUUCAAUAAAAUGGAUCUUGGUUCGAGCGAUCAUCAACGUUGGACUAACUAUAUCUAUGAAAUGCCUCCUCGAAUAGGAAAAAUGAACAAUAUACAAAAAUUUGACGCAGAAUUCUUUAACAUAUCGGCCGAAGAAGCUAAUGUGAUUGAUCCUGCAUCCAGAAUGUUACUUGAGCAUACCUAUGAAGCAAUUAUUGAUGCGGGUGUAAAUCCCGCAGAAUUACAAGGAACAAAUACUAGCGUUAUCACAGCAAUAAGUGCUUGUGAUACAUAUUUAGAUUUAAUAUACGAAAAACAUCACAUUGCUGGAUUACCCAUUAUUGGAUGCUCUAAGAGCAUGAUAGCAAGCAGAAUUUCUUAUUGGCUCGGCGUUACUGGACCAUCGUAUAACAUUGACACUGCAUGCAGCUCAAGUCAUUUUGCUAUGAUGGAAGCUUACAGGAUGAUUCGAUCUGGCAUUUGCGAAGCGGCUAUUGUUGCUAGUAUCAAUUUGUGCAUUCAUCCUUUUGUAACUCAUCAAUUUUUUCGUCUAGGAGUUUUGUCUAUUGAUGGCUACUGUAAACCUUACGAUGAAGAAGGCGCUGGUUACAUGCGUAGUGAUGCAGCUGUAGUAGUGUAUCUACAAAAAGCAAAAGAUGCAAAGAGAAUUUAUGCAACCUUUGUCUAUAGUAAAACCAACUGCGAUGGUUUUAAAGAAGAAGGAAUUACCUUUCCAUCAUUUGACAAACAAAAAAUGUUAUUGGAAGAAUUUUACAAAGAAUGUGAUAUCUCGCCUCUUCAACUAUCUUACAUGGAAGCUCAUGCAACUGGUACUCUAGCCGGCGAUCCUGUGGAACUUCGAGCCAUCGAUGAAGCUUUAUGCGCUAAAAGACAGCUUCCUCUGUUAUUGGGUUCAGUAAAGUCGAAUAUUGGACACCCUGAAGCCGUUAGUGGUCAUUGCCAAAUUGCAAAGGUUUUAAUAGCGAUGGAAACUGGUAAAAUUGCGCCUACUAUACAUUUUAAACAUCCGCGAAAAGAUUUGACCGCUAUCAUUGAAGGAAGAGUAAAAAUAAUCACAGAACCAACAGAAUGGAAAGGUGGUUAUAUCGGUAUUAAUUCCUUCGGAUUUGGCGGUGCUAAUUGCCAUGUAUUACUGAAAUCAAAUCCAAAAAUUAAAGUCAAUAAUGGAGUAGAAGAUAAUUUACCAAGGCUUGUAGCUAUAUCUGGACGUACGGAGGAAGCAGUUAAAAUUAUAUUAGAUGACAUACAGAGUCGGUCGAUAGAUGUAGAAUAUAUCUCUCUGCUACAUCGCAUUCAUAGCGACAAUAUAAAAAAUCAUCCCUACAGAGGAUACAUAAUUGCCGGAUCUAAUGUAUCCGAUAACGCAAUAAUUAAAAUGAGACACAACCUAAGUAUGAAGAGACCGAUUUGCUUUAUAUUUUCUGGAAUUGGAUCUCAAUGUCUUAACAUGGGUCGAGCUCUAAUGAAAUUUCCAGCAUUCACUAGAGCAAUCCAGAAAUGCGAUACUGUUUUAAGACCUCACGGUAUAUUUAUCACAGAUAUUCUAAUAAAUGAAGAUAAACAUAUUCUUGACAACGUAGUCAACUUAUUUGUAGGCCUUAUUGGAUUACAGAUCGGAAUAGUUGAUCUUCUAACAAGUAUUGGUAUUAUUCCUGAUAUUAUAAUGGGUCAUUCUAUUGGUGAGUUGAUAUGUGGAUACGCCGAUGGAUGCUUGACGGCCGAAGAAACGAUUACGUUGGCAUAUUAUGCCGGCUUGGCAUUUCUUAAGUCAAAAAUAAUAGAUGGCUUAAUGGCAGAAAUUAAUCACAAUUUUAAAACUAUAAAGAAUAUGUGUCCAUCGGAUAUUGAUGUAGCUUGUUACAAUAAUUCACAUAAUUUUAUUGUGAGUGGACCAACAAACUCUGUAAGAGCAUUCCUUGCUAAGCUACAGAACGACAAUAUUUCUGUAAAAGAAAUUUCCUGUGGACAUAUACCUUUUCAUAGUCGAUACGUUGAGCCUGCAAGAGUUAAACUUUUGGAAUACUUGAAUCAAAUAUUGCCAUUGAAAGCGUCUUCUAGCUCAAAAUGGUUAAAUGUGUCGAAUGAAAAUUAUGAAUGGUUCAGCGCAAAGUCAUGUCUAGCAAAAUAUUAUACAAACCAUCUGCUAGCCCCGGUUUUAUUCUCAGAAACUACGCGUUUUAUUCCAAACAACGCAGUGACGAUUGAGAUAGCGCCGCACGAUAUUCUACAAUGCAUUCUUAAUGAUUCCUUAGAGACAACAGUGACAAAUGUCGCGUUAUAUAAAUUUUCUCACAAAUCGAAUAUUGAAAUAUUUUUACAUGGAAUUGGAAAACUUUAUAAUGCAGGAUUACAACCGCAGAUCGCAAACUUAUAUCCGGAAGUUAAGUUUCCUGUAAGUCGUGGUACACCGAUGAUUUCUCACCUCGUAAGAUGGGAUCAUUCCAAAGACUGGUAUACGUAUCGUUAUAUUGGACAAAGAAAACUUGACAUUGGAGAAUUAACCAUUACUAUAAAUUUAUUAGAGGAAGAAUUUAUAUAUAUGAGCGGGCAUGUCGUUAAUGGAAAAAUUUUAUUACCGGCUACAGGGUAUCUUUUAUUUAUAUGGCAGAUGAUCGGCUGGUUAAAAAAGCAAAAUCAUCUCGAUAUACCAAUUAUAUUUGAAGAUGUCAAUUUUCUACGCUCUACGAUUUUGUCACAAGAAAGUCCAGUCAAUGUAACUCUUAUGAUUCAAAAAGGAAGUAGCAAAUUUGAAAUAAUCGAAGGAGGAUAUUCUGUCGUUACUGGAACAGUACGAAUUCCAGUUAAUAUUGAAGACGAGAAAAUAGAUACUACAUUUAUUGAUCGAAAUGACAAUGACAAAGAGGAAAUGAAUAUAAAAGAUAUCUAUAAAAAAUUGAAACUUCGUGGUUAUCAAUAUACCGGCGAAUUUCGUGGACUAAAAAGCGCGUCAAUCACGGGAAAGAAUGGUCAUAUUGCCUGGACUGACAACUGGGUAACAUUUAUGGACAGUAUGUUACAGAUGAUGAUUUUGGGACAGGAUUCCAGAAGUCUCUUUGUACCAACAAGAAUUCGUAAAGUGGUAAUCGAUCCAAAAUCUCAUAUAGAACACAUUGAAAAACUUUCAAAUGGAGAAAAACAAGUCCUUGUACAAAAUUAUAAGCAUUUAGAUAUUUUGAUAUCUGGAGGAAUAGAAAUAUAUGGUAUUAUAGCUACAGCUAUAUCUCGCCGACAAAAUGUAGCCAACCCCGUCUUUGAAGAGUACAAGUUUGUUGCUCAUCGAGAUCUAAAUGUGAUGUCUUUGCAAGAUGCAAUAAGAAUGUCAGUGCACGUUGCACUUGAGUGUUAUAAUAGAAUAAACGUAAAAAUCAUCGAAUUGGUCGAGGAUUGCGAUCAAGUGAUGGCGGAGAAAUUAAAUUGUUUAUUUGUGAAUACAAUUUUAAAUGAUUUACCGCAAAUUCAAUCUGAUAUAAAACUGGUCGCAACACACGAGCAGUUCAAAGAUAUCGCUUUGCCUGACAAUGUUUCUAUAACAGAAUUUGAUAAACUGGCAAAAAAUGAAAAUUGUUUGAUGAUUAUUGGUUUCGGAAUUUUAACAAAAAAUAGAAACGAAUUGUAUGAACAAUUAUUGUCUGUCAUAAUGCCGAAGGGAUUUCUUCUAACUUUUGAAGAGUUGGAUGCUACCUAUGACUAUUCAUGUUUGGAUAAGUAUGGGUUAAAAGUAAUUUUGGAGAAACGCACCAACGAUAAGACAAUUAUAUUAUUAAGAAAAAUACACGAUAUUAAGAAGAAUCAACAGGUUGUGCAUGUAAAUAAUUAUGAAUUCUCAUGGAUAGACAAGCUUAAAUCAUUCAUGAAUGUAGAAAAUGAAAUUACAAAUACAAGGAUUAUAGUCGUCGUAGAAGGAGACUUCGAAUGCGGACUAAUCGGUCUUGUCAAUUGUUUGCGAAAAGAACCGGGCGGUGAAAUGAUUAGAGGUGUAUUUAUUCAAGAUAAAGAUGCGCCUACUUUUUCAUUGCGAGAAUCAUUGUACAUGAGGCAACUACAGCUGGAUUUACCCAUCAAUAUUAUACGUUCCGGUAGUAUUUGGGGAUCUUAUAGGCAUUUUCCAUUACCAUUAAUAGAACCAAAAUUCGUAGAGAGUGCUUACGUUUCUCAAAUGGUGCCAGGUGAUCUCAGCACUCUUUGUUGGGUGCAAAGCAGGAUAUCUUUGGUCAAUAAUGAUGAAGAAAAUCUGAUAAGAAUAGUUUAUGCGUCUAUCAAUUUUAGAGAUAUUAUGACAGCUAGCGGUAGACUUAUUUUGACUUCCGUCGAAUCUUUCAAACGAAAUAAUAGUUCUAGUUCUUUAAUCGGAAUGGAAUUUGUUGGUUUUAAUAAAAAUGGACAAAGAAUAAUGGGAAUGUGUUUAAAUGGCGCAUUUGCAAAUGUUUGCGUAGCUGACAAAUAUCUCAGUUGGAUCAUACCUGACGAGUGGACGAUGGAAGACGCCGCGACGGUUCCUUGCGUAUAUAGCACUUGCUAUUACGCUUUGUAUAUGAGAGGUAACAUGAAGAAAGGCGACAAAGUGUUAAUUCAUUCUGGUACGGGAGGCGUUGGUCAAGCAGCAAUUUACCUUGCGCUUAACCAAGGUUGCGAAGUGUUUACAACGGUUGGAAGUAUCGAGAAACGACACUUUAUAAGAGAAACAUUUCCCUCUAUUCCCGAGGAUCAUAUCGGAAACUCUCGAGACACGACUUUUGAACAAAUGAUUAUCCAGAAGACGGAAGGUCGCGGAGUAGAUAUCGUAUUGAAUUCUUUAGCUGAAGAAAAACUGCAAGCAUCCAUCCGUUGCUUAGCAAAAGGUGGUUGUUUCCUCGAAAUUGGAAAGUUUGAUAUGAUUUCCAAUAAUCCUUUAAAAAUAUCUGCAUUCUCAAAAGGCAUUAGUUUCCACGGUGUAAUAUUGGAUAAAGUAUUUUGUGCAAAACCAGAGGCUAAGGAAAUAUUAUGGAAUAAAAUAAUAGAAGGUUUAAAGAAAAAAGCUAUCAAACCGUUAUGCAGAAAAAUCUUUCAAAAGGAUGAAAUAGAAACUGCGUUUAGAUAUAUGGCUGCUGGAAAACAUAUUGGCAAGAUAAUGAUAAAAAUUCAUAAAGAAGAUGAACUCUUGGAUGAGCCUAUAUUUGCACAUCCCCAGUACUUCUGCCUGGAACACAAAUGUUACAUAGUUUUAGGUGGUCUAGGUGGUUUUGGCCUAGAAUUAAUUGAUUGGUUGAUUCUACGUGGUGCAAAAAAUCUGGUAGUGACGUCGCGAACUGGAAUAAAAAACGGGUAUCAGCGAUCAAGAGUAACGUUAUGGCAAUCUUACGGUGUAAAUAUACAAAUCAUUACAGCUGCUGAUACUUCGAAAUACGAAGACUGUAAAUCUAUAUUGAAAUUUGCCGAAGAACAAGGUCCUGUGGAUGCUAUAUUCAAUCUUGCAGUUGUGUUGAAAGAUGAUAUAUUUAAGAAUCAGUCUUCACAAACAUUCGAAGAAUCCUUCGUGUCAAAGGCAUGGACGACGAAAAAGAUGGACGAAUUAUCGAGAACAAUUUGCCCUCAACUUCGACAUUUUGUCGUUUUUUCUUCCGUUUCGUGCGGAAGAGGUAACGCAGGCCAAACAAAUUACGGAAUGGCAAAUUCUGUAAUGGAAAGAAUUUGUGAAAGAAGAAUGGAAGAAGGUUUACAUGGUUUGGCUAUACAGUGGGGCGCGAUUGGUGAAGUUGGGCUUGUCGCAGAUAUGCAAGAAGAUGACAAAGAACUUGUUAUUGGAGGUACAUUGCAACAAAGAAUAUCCUCUUGCUUGGACACAUUAGAAGUAUUUUUGCUACAAGAUCGGUCAAUCGUAAGCAGCAUGGUUGUUGCUGAGAAAAGAAAAGAUUCUGGCCAAGCAACAAAUCCACUUGAAGCGAUUGCAAACAUUAUGGGAUUGAAAAAUCCAAACAUAGUGGCGCCAAACAUAUCACUGGCUGAACUAGGCAUGGAUUCAAUGAUGGCAGUGGAAAUUAAACAAGUGUUGGAGAGAGAAUUUGAUAUUUUAUUGACAGCACAAGAUAUCCGAAAUCUCAAUUUUGCUCAACUUAGAGAAAUGACAAAUACACUGAAAGAAGAAAACAUGUACGAUGCUACUGAAGCUGAUACGAAUGAUUUGGAUGGUUUUAAAAUAUUGACUCGGAAACUUAAGGAUUCAGACUUGAAUCCAGCUAUUUAUAUAGAAGUCGCUACAAAGAGGGAAGUUGCUGAAAAUAAAAUAUUUCUUAUACCAGGAAUUGAGGGUUCUGCAAGCGUAUAUAAAUUGAUAGAAUCGGAAAUUAAACCUUCGGCGAUGUGUUUGCAACAUGGUGUACUUAAUAUGCCGGGUGUUACUCAUUCAAUAAUGAAAUCAGCAGCAUAUCUUCUGCCUUAUGUAUUGCAGAAAAUGAAAAAUCAAAAAGAAUUUCUAAUUGUGGGUUAUUCAUUUGGAUCUUUAAUUGCCAUCGAAUUAGCAAGAUUAUUAGAAGCUAAGAAUUUCUCUGGACGUUUAAUACUUAUCGAUGGAGCUCCUGAUCAAAUGAAAUUCUUGAUAGAGAAAUAUUUUUAUUAUACUUCAGAACAAGAGUUACAAAAUAGCAUCUUACUUCAUAUAAUAAAAUUUCAUCUUAACUUUAACAAUGAUAUGCUUGUAGUAGAGUUGAAGAAGUGCAAUUCAUGGGAAGAGAAAUUAGAAUUUCUUACUGCUUACUUUUCGAAAGAGAUCAAUGUAUUAACUAUUGAAAAUCAGAAACUUUUAUGUUCAACGUUUUACGAUCAUAUAAUUGCUAUACAAAAUUAUAAUAUAACAUCAUUGCCACGCCUUAAAUCAUCUAUAAUACUAUUAAAACCCACACUUACACCUGUCACUUUUACUGAAGAGGAUUAUGGUCUACAUAAGAUUACCGAAAAUGCAGUGGAAAUUCAUUACGUGGAAGGUACUCAUAUUACCAUGAUGGAAAAUGGCAAAAUAGCAUCAUUUAUUAACGAAGCAUUGUAAAUUAAAAAAUAUGAUUACAAGAAUAAGGUAAAUAUUAUUAAAACAUAAAAAUUUACAUAUUUUAAUUUUAUAAUUAAUUCUUAUAUAAUAUAGUAUAUUAUACAUUCUGUAA